CUAUAUAGCGACCCACCAAUGUGUAUCUACCCUUCAAAACUUCAAGCCUCUUAACUAUCAAAACCCAUAUCAUCCACCUCUCUCAAUUCACCACCAACCAUCUCCAUCUCCCUCUCCCUCUCCCUCUCAUGGCUGUCUCAUGGGAGGAAAGUGUCGAAUACUCCAUCAACACCAUUUACCUCCUCUUCUCCGCCUACCUCGUCUUCGUUAUGCAGCUUGGCUUUGCCAUGCUCUGUGCUGGCUCCGUUCGAGCCAAGAACGCCAUGAACAUAAUGCUCACCAAUGUCGUCGACGCAGUGGUAGGUAGCCUCUCUUUCUACAUCUUUGGCUUUGCUUUUGCAUUUGGAGAAGGCGCCCGUUCCAACCCUUUUAUUGGUACAAGUUUCUUUGCUCUCAAUGACAUUCCCAGCUCCUCUUAUGGCUAUGACUACAGCUUCUUCCUUUUCCAAUGGGCUUUUGCUAUUGCGGUUGCUGGCAUCACUAGUGGGUCCAUAGCUGAGAGAACCCAAUUCAGUGCAUAUCUCAUCUUCUCCUGUUUUCUAUCUGGGUUUGUGUACCCUGUGGUGGCUCAUUGGGUUUGGUCUGAUAGUGGUUGGCUCAGCCCCAAAUCAAGUAACUUGCUGUUGGGUUCUGGUGCCAUUGAUUUUGCUGGGAGUGGUGUGGUUCAUUUGGUUGGUGGAGUUGCUGGGCUUUGGGGUUCUUUCAUUGAAGGUCCAAGAGUGGGCCGGUUCGAUGCGUUUGGGAAGCCCAUACCCAUUAGAGGCCAUAAUGCAACUCUUGUGGUCCUUGGGACUUUCUUGCUAUGGUUUGGGUGGUUCGGGUUUAAUCCGGGCUCGUUUGACAAGAUUCUUGUGGCCUAUCCAGACACAAGUGAUCAAGGGAAUUGGACCGCGGUGGGCCGAACAGCGGUUAUCACCACAUUAGCCGGUUCGACUGCCGGAAUUGUAACCCUAUUCGGCCGGCGCUUACUAGUGGGCCAUUGGGAUGCUCUAGAUGUUUGCAAUGGAGUGCUUGGUGGGUUUGUGGCAAUUACAUCAGGAUGUGCUGUGGUCGAGCCUUGGGCUGCUGUCGUGUGUGGAUUCUUCGCAGCCUGGGUCUUAAUUGGGCUCAACAUCUUGGCCCUAAAGCUACAGUUCGAUGACCCAUUAGAAGCGACCCAACUGCACGGCGGGUGUGGGGCAUGGGGAUUGAUAUUUACUGGGCUGUUUGCAAAAGAGGAGUUUGUGAUCCAAGUCUAUAAUUCGGGCACUGUGGGUACCGUACGGCCUUAUGGUCUCUUGAUGGGUGGCGGCUGGGGUCUGCUCGGAGCCCAAGUGACUGAGGUUUUGGUCAUUGCGGCCUGGGUCAGCUUGACAAUGGGCCCUCUUUUCUACGCGCUUCACAGUCUUCAGAUUUUGAGGAUCUCUGUUGAUGAUGAAGUUGCAGGCCUUGAUGUUUCUAGUCACGGAGGCCAUGCCUAUGUUCAUUCAGAUGAAAAUCAUCCACGCUUUUAUGCAGAAUAUGUGAGCUUGCAAGAUAAUGGAUCUUGAUCCACCAAAUCAUAUAUUAUAUACUCGGAUUCUUGGUAUUGCAAAUUUGCAAGUAUUGCUUUCAAGUUAUCAUUACAUUUCAAAAGGAAAGAACGAAACAUGUGCUAUUACGCAGAACCAGUUUUUCAAGUUACUCUUAAGGCAAUCAGAACUAUGGCCAAAGUGCAUUUACAUU